CUAUAGAUAGAUCUUCAUUCUAAUCGAAAAAAAUAAAAACAAAAUUAAAGAAAAGAGGAAAAGAGGAAAUUUAUAAUAAAAAAGAUAAAUAAAAAGAAUCUAAAUUAAAAGUAUAUUAAAAUAGCAGAACAUAAAAUGAAAUCUAAUUUAAACUUAGCUGACUUAGAAAAUUUGAAAUCUUUCACAAAGCAAACAUGGGGUCCUGAUAGAAACUAUGUUUUUACAAAGUUUGAUAAUUUACCCUUCACCCCUUUUAGCAGAUUAGAAAAGCUUGGUGCUUGUUGCGAUUUAUAAAAUAUCAUGGCUACCAGAACUGGUUUAAAACAAACCUAGGUUAUUAGAUCCACAGCUCCUGCAAAUGCUCCUACCAAUACCGUUGAGUCUGUCCAAGUUACUACUACUGCUGUUGAUGCCGAAAAUGAUUUCCAUACAGUCACAGCUAAGAAGGAUAAGAAUUUAUAUGCUUAAAAGAUUAUCAAAUAGGGUCUUAGAGAUUAAAAGAUUAAUAAGUAGAGAGAAUAAGAAUAAAAAGAAUAAGAAAAAAAUAGCAAAAUCUAAAAUGUAAAGAAGCCUAAAAUUAUUUCUGCCAACAACAAAAAGCAAGUUAUCAUUAAAACUAAGUUUAAAGAAUAUACCAAUAUCAAGGUUGAUUGGGAAGUCCUCCAUGAAAGUCAAAAACUUAACAUUGAAUAACAUCCUAUCAAUAAUGUUACCAUUACUCCUAUCAAAAUUACAGGAAAGCUUAAAUAAUACGAAAAGGCCUUUGACAGAAUUGACCCUCGUGGUAUUAAAAAGUUAGACGCCAGUAAGAAUUUGAGUGUUGUUAACUCUUCUACUUUAAAGGAUGAUAUUUUAAUCGAACUCCUUCAAUAAGACGUUGAUGAAAAAUCUGAUAAACCAACUGUUUAUACUACUGAUGCCUUGUUACUUGCUUUGAUGACUUGCAAGAAAAACGAAUUCCCUUGGGAUAUUUUAGUUUAAAAAGAUGGUAAUGCUAUUGUUUUCGAUACUUAUGAAGAAGAAAGAAUGAACUACAUGGAUUUCUAAUCAGUUAAUGAAAAUAGCAAUAUUCUCCCUGAAGAAGAAAAGGAUUUAAAUAAAUUGUGUGUUGAAGCCACUACAAUUACCAAAAAGUUCUAAGCUUAAACUUGCAAGGAAGAUAAUGGCGAAAUUUGGGAUAUUUCUGAAGGAGAACCAAACUAGAUCGACGAAUAAAAUAUAGCUUUCAAGUACGUUAAUGUAAACAUUGAUGAUAAAGUUAACCUCAAAGUUAGAGUUUAAAUCGAUGGUUAUGAUAUCGUUAAUAAAGUUGAUCCCGAAACUGCUGAACCCUACUAAGAAAAAGUUCCUAUUCUCGUUAGAGCUUUAAAUGAAUUUGAUUCUGCAGCCUAAUGGAAAACUAAGCUCUUAAAUUAAAAGGGUAGUGUUACAUCAACUGAAUAUAUUAAUAAUAUUACUUUAUUCAUGAAAUGGCUUAUCCAAAUGAAGUUAAGUGGUGCUGAGAGACUUAAAUUAGCCUACACUUCUCGUGCUUCUCCUAAAGAUACUUAAAAUCACAACAUUCUCUGUGUUGAUUCAUUCGAUCUCUAAACUCUUACUAACAUCAUUUAAUUCAAAUUUAAAGAUUAAUGGUAAGUUGUAAAAUACUUCAUCGAUCAAAUACUUAACGAAAAGGAUGGUAAAUAUAUGUUCGUUAAGACUGCUUUCAAGCAAUCUGUUAAAACCUACUUACUCCCCAACGACUAAGAAGGAGAAGAAGAAAACGAAGAUGACGACGAUGAUAAAAUCUGA